AUGUAUGAAGUGAUUGUCCCUAUUAAAAACACGAGCUUUUCUACAAAACAGUCGACGAAUUCGGACGUUGGACUAUAUCGACCACCUUGUAAGUAUGGGAGAACUUGUUAUCGAAAAAAUCCUCAACACUUUGAAGAAUUUUAUCAUCCAGAUAAUGAAGUAUUGGUUGGGCACCAUACUACAAACGCAAACAGCACCAAAGAUUCAGAAGACGUAUCAACCAAUGAAAAUUUCUAUGGCAUUUAUCUCUUUCGCGUAUCUGGUGUAAAGUACGGUAGAAUUCCUACUAUAACCUUAAAGGAAAUUCUUAAUUCCUCUGAUGAUGAACUUGUAUCUUCAAUUCAAUUUAAUUAUAUGUUUGAUAUACCAUGGCUAAGGGAACAAUAUCCUGAGCGCUUCAGAUCACUACCACUCACUAUUGUACACGGUUUCCAAGGAAAAAUGAAAAAAUCAUUAGAUGAAUCUGCUGUAAAUUACAGUAAUAUACGAAUUUGUCAAGCACAUAUACGUUUGCCAUACGGUACACAUCAUACAAAAAUGAUGAUGCUCAAAUAUAAAGAUGGUUUGAAAAUUAUCAUUCAUACAGCGAAUAUGAUAUCAGAUGAUUGGGAUCGAAGAACUCAAGGAAUUUGGAUUAGCCCGAAAUUAAAGUUAUUAAGCACGGAACAACUGAAGCACUUGAAUGAUACAGAUUCAAGAACUAAUUUUCGUGCAGAUCUACUUGAGUACUUAAAAUCAUAUGGGAGAGAUUUAACCCAGUCAACCAGUUCACCCUUAUUUGAAUGGAUUAAUUGUUUGCACAGUUAUGAUUUCCGACCAAUUAAGGUUGUAUUAAUUGCGUCAGUCUCCGGAAGACAUGUCGGCGAGUCACUAAACAAAUUUGGUCAUACACGUUUAGGAGAGGUAUUACACACAUGUAAUAGUCAAAUACCUUCGUCUUGGCCAGUGAUUGGCCAGUUUUCAAGCAUUGGUUCUUUAGGUCUUAAACCUACGGAUUGGUUUACCACUGAGUGGUCAUCAAGUUUAGCCGGUAGAGGUGCUAGAGGCUUACGAAUGAUUUAUCCGUGUGUUGAAGAUGUUCGUAAUAGUUUGGAAGGUUAUUUUGCCGGUGGAUGUUUACCAUAUACAAAGAGAACAGCUAAAAAACAACCAUGGCUUUGUCAGUUUUUUUAUCGCUGGCAUGCUUUUGAACAUAGUCGAUGUGCUCCUCACAUUAAGUCAUACACUAGGAUAUCACCAGAUGGUCAACAGAUAGGAUGGUUUCUUCUGACUAGUGCGAAUCUUUCAAAAGCUGCUUGGGGUGCAUAUGAAAAUAUAAAAACUCAAUUGAUGAUUCGUUCAUAUGAACUGGGUGUGCUGUUUUUGCCAACCAAUUAUAAGUUUCGUGAUUGUUUAAAGUAUGUCGAGAUUUCUGAGUUAUUCGGCAGUAUACUGAAUCAGCCCAUUCAUUUGAAGUUUUAAAAAACAAUGCAAACUAUUCUCAACCAUCAACUGAUGGAUUAUUACCCUUUCCUAUUCCAUAUGAAUUACCUCCAGUGAAAUAUCAAUCAAACGAUGAACCAUGGAUUUUGGAUAAACCUCAUAGUCUACCUGAUAUAUUUGGUCAUAUUUGGGAGCCCCCUUGAAUACUUUCUGAAUAAAUUGAUUUUUUUUCUCCCUAUUUCUGAAGGCAAUAAAUUUGUUUGUAAUUCCUUUCAAAUAUUUCCAUGACAUGAUCAUGGUUUAUAAUGGAUCGGUUAUUUCUUCUUUGAAUUGAAUAUACCUCUUUAAUAAUGUAUACUCAUUUAUAUAAGAUGAUUCUUAAUUCUACAUUUAAUUAAUAGUUAUUUAUAUGUUUCUUAUUGUGAGAGAGAGAGAGAAAGAAAGAAAGAAAAAAGGAGGGGGAAAGAGAAAUAUAAACAACUAAACAGAAAAGUAACUAAUCUAUCCAAAGUAAACUGUGUAUCACUCUUGUUUUUAAUUUAAUUAAACAUUUUUUUUAUAAAAAAAGAAGACCUAUCCUUCCUUUUACAAUGAGUUUGGCUUCAUUUUGUAUACAUUGGCAACCCGGUAUAAUUCUUCUGAAUUUAUUAUUAUUAUUAUUAUUAUUAUAACUAAAGUUUGUAAAAAUAAAUUACAAGAAACUCACUUUAAUAUGAAGUAUAAUUUUAUUCGUUUGUGUAUCUAUUCAUUUUAGUUAGUUUGUGAAUGUAAAAUUUAGAUUAAUUAUAAA